AUGCAAGGUGUGAACACGGGGAGCCCCGGUGUCACUUUACAGCGUGGCUGUCCCCUCCCGGGGCCCACGGGGGCCCCAGGUGCGGACGUCACCCUUGGCUGGCAGCGGGCGCGGGGCCGCGGGGGCCGGGGCUUCACCGGGCUGCUCCUCCCGGGGCCCCAGCCGCACGGCCCCGGCACGGGCCAUGGGGACAGCGCUGCCGAGAGCCCCCCGCCAGGCACGGAGCCCCGGCUGGAGCACGAGGCACACGAUGGCAGCCCUGGGGAGCAGCAGGACAGUGGCACUGCCAACGCCUCCCUGCCUGGUGUCACCGAGGAGGGACACGGAGAGGGGGAGAAAGAGCCGGCGGGUGGCCUGGGGCCAGGGGACAUCCAGACACAGGAGAGCAGCAAGGAGCAGGGCCAGGAGGAACAGAGCUCAGGGGAGGAAUCCACGGCAGCUCAUCGUGGAGGGAACCAUGGGCCUGGCACACAGGAUGACAUCCAUGCCCAGGAGGACGAGGAGCCUGGCACAGAGAAGGGAGGCUCUGAGGAGGAAGGGCAGCCAGGGGAAGAGCAAACAGAGAUGCCAAGAGCAAUAUCUGCCCCUGAGGGAGAGGAGGAAAGGGAUGACCAGAGCUCAGAGGAAGAUGAUGAGCAAGGAGAGUCUGAGGAAGAUGAACAUGGGGAGUCUGAGGUAGAUGGAGGCAAGGAAGAGUCUGAAGAGGGAGAGUCUAAGGAGGAGAAAGAGUCUGACGAAGAUGGUGACAGGCCAGAGAAUGAAUCUGCAGAGAAUGACAAGGAAGCAGCUGGCACUUCCAACAAAAAGAGCCCCAGCAAACCAGCAGCUGCUGGCACAGGAGGAGCCAGGGAUAGCCCUGCCAGCUGCCAUCACCCACCCUGUGGGGAUGCAGCAGAAGACCCACCAGCAGCAGUGGAAAACCCACCAAUGGAGGAAGAUCCACCAACAGAAGAAGACCCACCAGUAACAGAAGACCCACCAACAGCAGAGGAAGACCCUCCAGCAGCAGAAGACCUCCCUGCAGUGGCAGAAAAUCCCCCAGCAGCAGCAGCAGACCCCCCUGCAAACAAGACCCCACUGGCAGGAACAGAGGUCCCCAGCACCACCCCAGCAGCCGCCGAGACCCGGCUCAGCCAGAUAGGUUGGAGUCUUUUCUUGUGGGUGUGCUGUAGCAGCAAGAGCGACCUCCCAUCAACCCAGCGGAGCUGA